AUGCAAUUUCACUUUUACGCCGAUGACACUCAAUUCUAUAUUUCUUUCUCUACAAACAACGACAUGGCAUUAACCAACAGUAUCACUAAGAUUAAGGAAUACCUGUCCGACAUUGAUAAGUGGAUGUCCAUCAACAGACUACAGCUGUAAAACUAAAAAAAAGACAAGACCGAGCUUCACUACUUAUUCUCGAAGUAUAACCCACAACAAUCCCUACCGCCUCUUCGCUUUGGAACUGACAUAAUCUAGCCCUCUCCACAUGCAAGAAACAUUGGCGCUAUCUUCGAUACCACUAUGUCAAUGCUUCCCCAUGUAAACAAUGUUUUUAAAUCUGCCUUUUAUCAUCUUCGCACCAUUUCGCGCAUAAGGAAAUUCUUAUCAACGCAAACUACUGAGAUUCUUAUUCACGCCUUCGUAACUUCCAAACUCGAUCAAUGCAAUUCUCUACUAUAUAAUGUCCCUAAAAACGUCAUCAAAAAGCUUCAAUCGAUGCAGAAUGCAGCUGCCAGACUGAUUACAUGGUCUAGGAAGUGUGAUCACAUCACUCCCAUCCUCCUCGAUCUUCACUGGAUACGUGUUUCUGGACGAAUUAAAUUCAAGAUUCUACUACUUACCUUCAAAGCUCUGCAUCAGCAAUCUCCAACCUACAUUCAAGACCUUAUCAUCCUCUUCUUACCUUCUAGAUCGCUUCGGUCAUCCUCUACGCUCAGCCUGCUGAAUCCUGUUAGAUUAAACCUUAAGACCUAUGGAUCUAGAGCAUUCUAUGUCUCAGCCCCCAAAAUUUGGAACAAACUACCUGACGACAUACGCUCA